GCGUGCACCUGUGCACGAAUUGCGUGAGGCCUUCGCGGCGCUCCCCGGGUUUACUGGCGGGUAAAUUGAGGUCGCUGCCGUUCCCCGACGUCAUAGCUCUGGGUGCCCGCGGAGCCCGGGAAGGCCCCUGCCGUCAGCCUCAGUGAGCCCCGGGACCUCAGGAGCCUUUCCCAAGGGCCGGCUGGUAAAAAAAAAAAUGAAGAUUCUAUUACUAAAAGACCCUAACGAUAGUGACUCGGGCCAAGAUCCCUAUAUUCAGGAAUUGGGAUCAUGUGGAUUUGAAGCCACUUUGAUACCUGUUUUGUCCUUUGAGUUUUUGUCUCUGCAGAAUUUCUCUGAGAAGCUGUCUCAUCCGGAGGCUUACGGGGGGCUCAUUUUCACCAGUCCCCGAGCAGUGGAAGCCAUGGAAUUGUGCCUGGAGAGGGACAACAAAGUGGAAGUCUGGAAGAAGUCUCUGAAAGAAAAAUGGCACGUCAAGCCGGUGUACGUGGUCGGCCAAGCCACCGCAUCCCUCGUGAGAAAAAUUGGUCUGGCGACAGAAGGAGAAAAAAGUGGAAAUGGUGAGAAACUGGCUGAAUACAUUUGUUCACGAGAAAAGCCGACGACCUUGCCCCUUCUCUUUCCUUGUGGGACCCUCAAAGGAGAAGCACUUCCCAAGAUGCUCAAACAAAAAGGUAUUCCCCUGGAAAGCAUCACUGUUUACCAGAAGAUUCAGCAUCCUGGGAUACAGGACUCCCUGAAGAACUACUUUUCCUCACAGGGCGUUCCAGCCAGUAUCACCUUCUUCAGUCCUUCUGGGCUCACACAUGGCCUCAGCUACAUUCAGGAGUUAUCCGGCGACAGCUUUGACCAGAUUAAGUUUGCAGCCAUAGGUCCAACCACAGCUCGAGCCAUGGUUGGCGCAGGAAUCCCCGUGAGCUGCACAGCAGAGAGGCCCUGCCCCCGCGACUUGGCCGCUGGCCUCCGGAAAGUGCUUCAGCCAGAGGGCCUGUCCAGCUACCGGGCCGCUUAGGCCUCCGUCCGCACUCGGCUCCAUCCUGGGCCAGCUCGAGGGGGACAGAUGGACUGGAUCGGCAUCCCUCUCCAACAACCAGGAGCUGGGGAUGGACUGCCGGGCGGAGAGGAGGAAGUGGUCAUGGUGUCUUCCGAUUUUCACCACCUAGCUCCAGAACGGGUUACAUCGCUUCCGCCCCACUCUGAAUUCCACAGGCGAGGAGAAGGGACACAUGCACGGAAUUCAGUAAAUACCUCGUUGGAAUACAUUAUUGACAAGCAUUUAUCAAUCCCCCAUGGCUUAGGCAGAGCACGAGGUGCGGGGGAUAAAGAGACAAAGGGUGAAGCGCACGGUGCCCGUCGUGUGGGAGGCGCUUAAUAAAUACCUGUUGACUCGCUGAAA